UGGUCUGAAAAACAAGCCAAAAACACUUUUGUGCCAUUUGUUUUUUGGAAAUGAGCUAUGGUAAAACCUUGGGGUUUUUAAGUACCUUUGAGUAGCAUGUAAAUAGCAUGGUGUAUGAAAAUGGGAAUCAAAUACACUGCCGGUGUAUAUCGGUUACGACACACAAUCUGAAUGUGCUUUGGCGCGUCGCUACUGUACGUUUUGCAUUUAAUUGUUCCGUUGAUAAUAGAAGUCUUGAGAGAUAUGUGCUGAAAUCGUCCUCUGCACACAUUGCUGAAGACACACCUUUGAGCUUCAGGACAAACACACCCUCAGCAUGUAAACACACUUUCACUCUGACAGAACAAAGCGUGUACACACACACACACACACACACACAUCAUCAGUUUUGUGUUUGUAUCACCCUGGUGAUGCCCACACCACAGCAAACACAAUCACUCCGUGUGUCAGUCAUUAACAGUCUGAGCGUGUUCGGACCCGAGCGGCUCACUCGUUCACCUCAUGAGAUCAGGAUCCUGAUGAUUCAGAUGUUCCUCUGGUUCUUCCGUGCUGAGGUUAGACGGCGUGCAGAUGAUGUCGUCUGAGAGUGUGCAAGGCUUUGCAGUUCCAACUCCCAAGGUACCAGUCCUUCCACCCUUCAAUCAGCCCAAGAUAAACGGUACAGGCACCACAAAUCUCCCAAAUGGAAGGAUGCUUUCUGUCCCAGACCUACUCGAAGGGGAAAUACUUAUUCCCCCUCCGCCUAGCUCCGCCCCUCCACCCCCACCGUCCUCUUCAGCUCCUCCUCCUCCAUCAUUUGUCCCUCUCCCACCACAGUUCUUCGGUGAAUUGGACCCUUCUUCAGACCGUGCAAGCCUGCAUCCCCUACCAUUGGGACCCCCGAAAACACCAUCACUUGCUGGUUCUGAUUACAGUGCAGAUUUGGACCUUGCCUCCCUCAAACCUCCACCAAUGCCUCCUCCAAAACCUCCAUCAGAAAGCUCCAGUCUCAGAGGUUCCCUCUCUAGUCUUGACGUCCAAGAUAUCCCAGAAUGCCCCAAGUUUACACCACCACCACCCCCACUGAAAGCAUCUCCUGUUCUUGCAAAAGCUCAGAAAACAGCACCUAUAAAACCCAUCCGUAUGUCCUCCAUACCUAAUCUAGACAUCCAGUCCCAAAACCCUGUACCAGCUGUUGCUUCUAACCCAACACCAUCUAGCUUUAACCCCCAGAACACAGCCAAACUGUACAACGUGCAAAAAAGCACACUACUUGGUGGAGAGACAGAACGGGAAAAAAAAGUCCAGUCCAUUCUGCUAUUGGAAGAUUCUGCUGGAAAUACAGUUGGUGUUGUCAAUGGGAAUAAUGGGAAAAAUACUGGAUCUUUACAACCAGGGGUGCCACCAACCAAACCAGCCCGUCGGAGCAGCUUAGGCACGUAUCUACAGGAGGACCAGCCAGACAUGGCACCAGUUCUUAGUGAACCCGCAAAGGUAGAGCCCAAAAUAAGUCCUGAGCCUGUACUGGCACAAAUACCCACUGAGGUACCAGCACCAAUCAGAAUCUCGCCCAAAAUAGAGAAAAGAAUACCUGAUGUUAGGCAGGUGGUGACCCCAGUUGCAUCCCCUGGCAGGCCUCGCAAGUACAGCCCUAUCUUGAACCGACAUCUCAACAAACGGAACGCAGACGGCUCAGUAAAGAAAGAGACCUCAACCUCACCUUUGGCCUUGCUGAUGGCUGCAAAGGAAAGAGAAAAGCAGAGAACUACUCUGUCCCGACAGAACAGCAACUCAUCAGAGCCGGUCAGUUCUGUGAUCCAACCUAGUGAAGAAAAACCAAACUCCUUCACUGUUAUUCCUCGAAACCCAACACCAGACAGCCCCAACACACAAUUAAAGCCCACCACAAACAUGCAACCAAUCACCCCACCAUUAACCAGAGUUAACCUUCCAGAAGUGUCUUACUCAAAGCCAGAGCUAAACUCAACCCCUCUACAAAGCCCAAGGAAUAGCUCUGUUAGUGGACUGGGUAUCCCUGUUAGAGAUGUGGAAAUUGGAGAAGAGUUGGUCUUCAUUCCACCACCACCUGAAUUUGCUAACUCGGACACUGUGGAGGAACCUCCAGUUCCCCCACCAAGUCACCCGGCUCCUGCUCCCCCUGUGAAAAGUGCCCCUCCACAUUCUAAAACCUUCCUACCUGCUACAUCUGCUCCUACUACCAGCUUCCCCCCGCCAAGUAACCCCGCUCCUGCUACCCCUGUAAAAAGUGCCCCUCCACCUUCUAAAACCUUCCUACCUGAUACAUCUGCUCCUACUACCAGCUUCCCCCCGCCAAGUAACCUCGCUCCUGCUACCCCUGUAAAACCUGCCCCUCCACCCUCUAAACCCUUACCUAUUCCAAUCACAAAUGUUCCCCCUCCAAGCCAUCCUGCUCCUGCUCCUCCACCUGCCAAACCCUCCGUACCUCCGACCCCUCCUCCUGUCACCAAUGGGCCCCUCACUUCACCCAAACCUAAACCACCCAGUUCUCCUCCCAAGGCCCCUGGACCUCCCCCAAAUAUCCAGCACCAACCCAAACCACCUGUUCAGACCAAACCCACUCAAACCCCUGCACAAGUGGCUCCAUCCGUCUCCGCUAGCCAGGCGACACUUCUCAGUAUUCUUCAGAAGAAGAUGCUAGAGAUGGACCCCAAGCUCUCGGCUGUCAAGGAGAUGGAGACCAACGGAGAUGACUGGAACUCUCCACUGUCUGAUGACGAAGCCACGUCACCCCCUGCCACAUACAAUCCUAUGACAAACCGGAGCUCCACUCUGCCGGCACAAACUCGUGGAGUGGACAUGAAGGAGCUGGAAAGCAAAGUGGCCAAAAAAGCUCAAAAUUUGGCCACUUCGACUAAAUCCCAAAACAGUAAUGGACCAUCAACCAAGCAGCAGUUUGGAAUGACAUUCACCGUAAGACCAGGAGCCAAACAACCAAUAACACCCGUCAUUAAAGACGGGUCGUCCUGAUCCAAAGAACAUUCCUGACUGGAAUUCUUCCAAAGACGUGCCUUACCUGUACAUAUGCACCUACCUGACAGAUAUUUAUCGUUUUGCACCCGGUCUGGAGCUUCAUUACUGCUGUCGCUAAAGUAUUACUCUCUACCUGGAUGUUUCUUCAGCUGUCAGUAUAUUCAGGUUUUGAUUGCAGCUUCAUCACGGACUUGCUAGAGCUGCUAAAAUUGACCAAUGGAGCAACUGUGCCCAUACCUGCUAGAUAAUCUACAGACAAACUCAUUUUUAUUUCAAACAUUUAAUUUAAUUGGUUAAUACAGUUUCUAAUCAGUCGUUUAAUCAGGUUUAAAAUUAAGAACACCAGUAAUUUCUGUGUAAUAUUUUUGAAUGCUUUUAAUCAUUACUGUACAAUAUUACUUUGUAGCUCUCAAUAAGAGAGCUUCUUUUAGUGGUGCUGGAUUUUUUCCAAGUCAAAACAUGAUGUAUUUUUUAAAAUUAUACAAUAAGCCUUAAAGUUUGAUCAAAACACUGUUUUAAAUGGUCGCGAAGCCUUGAACACAUUACCGAAGGUUCUUCUGAACUGUUUUAAUAUAGUCGUUUUAAUAUGAAGCAAGAAUCAAAGAAGAAAUAAUGCAGUUUUGCAUGAAUAUACUGGUUAGAAGUGCCUUUGGAGAAAUAAGCUAGCAUCUGCUAUAAACAUGUUUUUCUGGAAAUCUCACACAGGUUUAAUUGUGUGAUAUAUUAUAUAUAUAUAUCUCAGAGACAACUGAAAUAGGUCAAUAAUUGUGCAUUAAUAAUCUACAAAGGUAUUUGUAUGACUGUUCAUAAAUUAUUAUUUUGAAUAUUUAACCCUUUGUUACCCCUAAACAAAAAAUAUAACCACAGUACAGUGUAAUAAAAAUAUGCGAGAGCAUAAAUAUACAGAUAACAGAAACUUUAUUAAACAGUGAAGUUUGUGAAAUAUGUUGUUUGCUCAAAUGUGAGGUGAACAGCAUUUAUGCCCAUUUCUGUGAUUAAAAAACACAUUUAUGAA